AUGCCGCGACGAUUGGCGCUGCUUUUGGCCAAUGGUGCGUACACGAUCCGAGCGCCCUUGUCCCGAUCCGUCGAGGUCUCUGCAGCCCUGGCAGAGAAACUUCGGGCAAUGGACUUCUCGGUGCGUUCUGCUGAGGAUCAAACGCUCAGCGGGAUGAAGGCAGCCACAGAAGACUGGCUUUCAGAAGUGGCAGAUGCUCUAGACAAGGUUCAGUCGGAGAUGGGGAGGCCCAAAGAUUUUGUGGAUCCGGGACCUCCGGAACCUCCGGAACCUCCGUUGCUUCUUUUCAGCUACUGCGGCCACGGCGCUGCUGGCUGCUUCUUCCCCGUUGAUUGUGGCCGGCCAUGCGAGCGAGAGGACACGUAUUGUUUCUUUGAAGAUCUUCUUUUUCGCCUCUUCAAAGUGCUUGGCCGGCCAGCCUCCGAGCUUUUUCGCUGUGACUUCUCUGGCGAAACUGGCGCUUGUUGGCUGUUGCCUGGCAUUCGCAUUGUCGUGAUCAUCGAAAGCUGCCGGCGGCUACUCAAAGAUGAGAGAUACGCCUAUGAGGCAACAAAGACCCACGUGGCCUAUCAGAAGCGCCACCUGCUCCCAUCGGUGCAAGCCUUGAGGCCUGACUUGGCAUUCCAAAAUGCCAUGUGGGACCAACGACGCUUGGCUUUUCUUCGACAUUUGGGUCCCGACGCUCCGGAGAUUCUGAUGGCUUUGUCUUCAGAAUCUACAACAGCAUCCUAUGACGUGGUGUUUCUACGGAGCAUUGUGGACAGCAUUGACAAGCCAGUGCGUUUAGGUGGCAUUCUGGAAAGGGCCUCGCUCGAAACCCUUCGGCGAACUGGACAUCAGCAAAAGCCCGUGGUACUCUCAUUCGGCGGUGGCGAGAGGAACUUGUUGGAGGAAUCGGUUUUGGCCAGGCCCGAGCAGCACGUGAAAGGUACAGAUCAGUAUAGAUGGUACAGACGCGGAGAUUUCUGCGUGUGA